AUGACGCAGCAGCGCAGAGCGCUCGCGAACGACUUGCAAGCCGCCGCGCUUGAGUACAUCGGCACCACCACAUUCCUACUUCUUUUCUUUGGCGCCAUCCAGGCUGUCGCCGUUCAGGACGACUACGUGACGAGCAGCCCGAUUGUCGAGACUCAGCUCUACAUCGCAACCAGCGGCGGUAUUUCGCUCCUCAUUUCAGCGUGGCUCUUCUUCCGCGUCACCGGCGCGAUCUUCAACCCGAACGUCGCGCUCGCGCUCGUAUUAUGCAAAAUAAUCACCCCGGUGCGAUUCGUGCUGUUUUGCAUUGCGCAGCUUCUCGGCGGGAUCACCGCGGCGGCUUUGGUGCUUGCGUUGACUUCCGGUGUGACAUCGUCAAACACGACAUUGGGGCCAAAGAUCAACUCCGCGCAAGGUGUCUUCAUCGAGAUGUUCAUCACGGCGGCUUUAUGCCUAGCCGUACUCAUGCUCGCCGCAGAGAAGCACGUCGCAACCCCAUUCGCACCGGUCGGCAUUGGUCUCACUCUCUUCGCUGGCUUGUUGUUCGCCAUCCCGUACACCGGUGGUUCUAUGAACACAGCGCGUUCCUUCGGACCCGCCGUUGUCUCCGGCUUCCCACACAGUACACAUUGGAUCUACUGGGUAGGCCCGGCACUCGGCUCCUUCCUCGCAGUCGCCAUCUAUUGGGGGCUCAAGUAG